CACCAUUUGGCACAGUAGAACUAUGAUCUAGGAUACAGAGUGCUCUAGUAUUGUAACUGUCAGUCUACCUUAGCUUACAGAGAAGGCUGAGCCUCAGCCUGAGUACCAAAUUGUCAGGUUUUCCUUUGCUUGGUUCUUGACAGUGUACUAGCUGAACAAGCUGAGCUCUGUGUGAAGAUGGUUACCAUGAUUAUGUUCAAGUGAAGAGGAUGUAGGAGUGCCCGAUCAUGUCAGGCAUCGAUCAUUGCUGGCUGGGAGGAUUGUGUGGGACAUGACACGAUCACCACAGUAUUAAAUUAAUAGACUGAUGGAGACAACAGUCAAGAUAAAAUUGACAUUGAUGUAUUAUUAUCAUGUCUGGCCCCAGACCACUCCCUUGCACGUGAUCUGACAUGUGCCAGGGAGGAGUCUGGCCUCGAGACUAGGUUCCUCUCUCCUCCUUCAGGGAGGGCGGCGACGCCCGUCUAGAUUGUUGAUACAAUCACAGAUUUGAAGAGCAGAAGGAGCGAGGCCAGAGGGAGACGGAUUGGAAACGGAAGUUACUAAACACCAAGUAAACACCCGCCGUCACCUUCGAGGUUAAGCCACUGCCACCAAACAAAGUGCACCUGCCCAAUACACUCGCAAGCCGUCGAGUCACUGUUGCACAAAACAAUAAUAUCUCAAAAUCUAAGUUGUGGUUGAAACUGGUUGAAAAGCUAUUUCACAUCAGUAUAAGCCCAGCAAUGAACCAUCCUGAUCUUAAAAACGUCAAGUGUAUUUCCUUGAAAGAUACACGCCAAACCAAACCCACUAUCAAAGUACACAGUCUUGAAUGAUUUGCGAGGUUUCGGAUUAAAGGGGUCUGGAUUAGCGAGGUUCUACUGUAUUAGUAGCUUUAUGUUAUGUAGCUUUGGCAUCUCCACUGAGGCAUCAGCACCUGUGGUGCUUUCAUUAUAUUAGUCUUUGUUGCAAGUCAAAAGAGUGUUCAGUUCUAGGCAAAAAAAUUAAUGUCUGAAUGUGAAGAUUAUGUGAAUAUUAACAUUUUAUGUCGUUGUGUGCUGUGUUUAUGUCUACAUUAAUUUACGUUGUUUUUAUGUUAUCAGGGCCUAUUUUUCACGCUAUUUUGGGAUUUUCCUGGAAGUCAUCAGUGUUAUAUACAUGCAGUGAUGUUUAAUAAUCCCAUGCCGGAACUAUAAUCAACAUGACUGCCACUAUAAUGCUAAUUACAGGAGACUCAGUGCAUGCACUCCUGUAAUUAUUAAUAGCUUGAUAAUUAUGCCCCCAUAUCAUGCCCCGCCCCAAUGGCACUAUACUUAAAUUUACGUAGCUUGUCAUGAUCAUUGAUUAUAAAUUAUAAACAUGCAAUGGACGUACAUGUGUAAAUGUAUAGAAUCUAGGCAAAGAUUGUUAUUAAGAGGAACGACCACUAGAUCUAUAGAUAUCUAUAUAAUAUCUAGCUAGAUCUAGAUAUUAUAAUUAAGGUCCCCAAUAGCAUCCGGAAUUGAAUUGCAACGUGAAUGAACCACAGGACUUUACUUCAUCUUCCUCUACUUGUCGUGGUGCAUGGAUCUUCUUCAAAACAAAUGGAGCAUGCAUGAUAUGAUUUCUUCAUCAGUUGGUUUUAAAAGUGAGUUAAGUACUCGUUUACUUAUUCCUUGGUAGAACAAUACCUCUCUUGUAUUAUUAGCAUGUGGAAUUGAAUUGGAGUAGGUUCUACCAGAGAUAGAGUAAUCUCUGGUUCUACAAAUAUUCUCACCAAGUUGAUCUAACUGCUGACUACUACCACCCACACAGAUUGCUUGCGAGAUAGAUAUAUAGUGGGUGGGUGGUAUAGAUCUAUAGAUUGUCAGAGUUCUGGGGAAAACCCACUGCACAAACAAUAAUUAUGGUAGUCUAGGCUAGGCUGCUAGGCUUGUGUGUAGGUUAACCUGUGUGUAGCCCAACUAUAUAUAUAGCAUACUAGCAGAGCAGGACAAACACCUGUUAUUACAUCAGUGCAAGAAUGAGUACUCUGUCGGGAACCUCUGCGCCCGAGUACAAAGCAUUUCGUGAAUGUUACGGUGUUCUGGUGAACACUGUGAAACAACAAGUUGGCGAGACCUGUGAUUCUUUAUAUGCUAAAAGCUACAUACCAGAGACAGUUCGAGACUACACAAGAACGGAUGGAAUUCCAGACUUGAAAAAAGCUCAGAAAUUGGUCGACUUUAUUAGUGAUGCCAUUAAAACUAACUCCAAUGUUUUCCGUGGGUUUAUUGCGAUACUCAAACUUGAAGGUCCGUUCAAUGAUGACAUUGUGAAAAAACUGGAAGAAAGUUAUCGAAAAGCAUGUGAGCAUAAAUCGUUUCAAUCUUCUGAAAAAUCGAGUGACGUACACCAAGCUGACGAUGGAGAUGUUUCCUCUGGAGAUGAGUCGUUUCAUUCGGCCAUAGAUGAUCGAAAUGUAUUUGUGUGUCCUUACUGCCAAGAGUGUUCUCUUCAACAGUUUUACUCAAAAGAAGGGUGUCCCAAGAAAUCAAUAUCUCACAAAACUAGAUCUACCAAUCUCUUCCCUUAUCUCGAUGUGACAGGUCUUGCUGACGAACAUGUCUUUGAUUUGGAAGAAAGAUUGAUAUCCGAUACAAGAGAAAUUAUGAUCAAGUUUUCUGAUUUCUCGUUGUGUGUUAGAAAGUCAUUGGAAGAAAUGGAUAUUCCUUUAGACAAGUUGCAAGAUUGUGUACUGAGUGCCGUUAUUCUCCAGAAAGAUCAAGGUGUGAGUGCACUUGAUACCGAGCACAAGGAGAGGGUCCUUGCGGCAAACAGCCUUGCCAGAAUAUUCUCCAUACUUCGAGUCUAUGAUUACAUCUCAUUCUUGAACUACCAAAUCAUUGAGCUGCUCAUUCAACACCAUGGAAAUGCUGAUGAUAACAAAAGGCUUAAACAGUAUCUUGUUGCUUUGAGAACCUUCUGCCAACGAAGUAUUUUCGAAGUCCCUUUAUCUGCUUUUUCAUCACACAGGUCUCGUAAGACGGCCAAAGUGUUUGCGCUCAAAUGCACAGAACGGACAUUAACACUACAGGGAGUUCGAGCGAUGCAAAACAAUGUUGCUGAAAUCUUAGGCCUGGAAUUCAAUGCUUUACAACUUUGCUCCGUCAAGAAAGGUUGUGUUGCGUUACACUUCUUGGUUUCCGCAGCUGUUGCUGAGCAUAUCUUCCCACUGUCCCCUUCUCAACAGUCGGCACUCAGUGAGAUUGGAGCGAGGCUUCUCCCGUAUGACGAAGAAAAUGAGAGAGAGAUAACGUUGGAACCUCAGUCACCCACCACACUUCCAGAAGGGAUUUCCCAGUCCACAGCUCAGGAGAUAGUGUGUCCAUCACUCCCCAAAAAGUUGAAACUAUCGCCCUCAAGAUCUGUACAGGAUGAGAAUACUCUCCAUACUGCGUGUGAAAGAGGAGACAUUGAAACUGUGAAGUUGAUGAUUGACAAGGGAGCAGAUGUAAACGAGUGGGGCAUAGAUGGUAACACCCUACUUUAUGCUGCCUGUAAGAAUGGUCACACUGAGACUGCCCAGGUGCUGAUUGACGGGGGAGCAAAUGUGCACCAGCCCACUAGGGAUGAGAAUACCCCACUCCUUGCUGCUUUAGAGAAAGGCCACACUGAUACUGCCCAGUUGCUGAUUGAUAGGGGAGCAGAUGUGAACUGGUGGAAAACAGUAUGUAUACCUGAUGGUAACGCACCACUUCAUGCUGCUUGUGAGAAAGGCGACACUGAGAUUGCCCAGUGGCUGUUUGACAGGCGAGCAAGUGUGAACAGUAGGAACUCGGCAGGGAGUACCCCACUGCUUGCUGCCUGUGAGAAUGGCCACACUGAGACUGCCUUGUUGCUGAUUGACAGAGGAGCAUAUGUGAACCAGCGUCACAGCCAGACAGGGAACACCCCACUCCAUGUUGCCUGUGAGAAUGGCCACACUGAAACUGCCCAGUUACUGAUUAACAAGGGAGCAGAUGUGAACAAAGGGAACACGGACGAAAAUACCCCACUCCUUGUUGCCUUAGAGAAAGGCCACAUUGAGACUGCCCAGUUGCUGAUUGACCAGCGAGCAGAUGUGCACCUGUGUAAUAAGGAAGGAAAUACACCACUCCUUGUUGCUUUGGAGAAAGGCCACAUUGAGACCGUCCAGUUGCUGGUUGAUAGGAGAGCAGGUGUGGACCAAUCUAACAAGGAAGGAAAUACACCACUCCUUGUUGCUUUGGAGAAAGGCCACAUUGAGACCGCUCAGUUGCUGGUUGACAGGGGAGCAGAUGUGGACCAAUCUAACAAUGAAGGAAAUACACCGCUCCUUGUUGCCUUAGAGAAAGGCCACAUUGAGACCGCCCAGUUGCUGAUUGAUGGGGGAGCAGAUAUGUAUCAUUGCAACAAGGAAGAAAAUACACCACUCCAUAUUGCCCUAAAGAAAGGCAUCACUAAGACUGCCCAAUUGCUGAUUCACAGAGGAAAAAAUGUGAACAGGUGUAACCUGGAAGGAAACACCCCACUCCACGUUACCUGUGAGAAUGGCGAUACUAAGACUGCCCAGUUGCUGAUUAAGAAAGGAGCAGUUGUGCACCAGUGUAACAAGGAAGGGAACACCCCACUCCAUGUUGCCUGUAAGAAUGGCCAUAAUGAUACUGCCCAGUUACUGAUUGACAGUGGAGCAGAUUUAAACAGACAGAACAGGAAAGGGAACACCCCACUCCAUGUUGUCUGUGAGAAAGGUCACACUGAGACUGCCCAGUUGCUGAUUGACAGGGGAGCUGAUUUGCACAAGUGUAACAAGGAAGGGAAUACAGCAUUCCGUGUUGCCAGUAUGAGAGGCGACACCGUCAUUACCCAGUUGCUGAUUGACAGGGAUGUAAAAGAGGCACAAGUUGAACCUGACACCACCUUAAGUGACAAGCUCGAGUCCCUUCGAAGAUUUGAUUCCCACUCAUCAACCUCAGGCUCUACUCCUGGUUAAAAAUUGUGACCACCUGCAAGGUUGAUUCAUAUUUUGUUGUGUGAGUUGUAUGUAUAUAUACGCUCAAUUUUGUAUAAAUUAUGUAUAGCAUAGAUUUGAGCACAGAUAUAUUUUUGUAGCAUUUUUAUGUACACUGCAUGUAUGUAACUAUCAUCAUAGCCAUAGUGAUGUAGUUUUACAUAUGUUUUGUUUGUGUAUAAUUA